GAGAGGCUUCAACCUCGAAGUGGAGGUCUGCAACAUCUGCCAACCUUCCACUUUCGCCCAUCUGCCAUAAUGCCCUUCCCAGACGAUCCCUCUCUCACCGCCCUCUAUCCACCAGACUUGAAGCUGAAGUUCGUGGAGAUCAUCCACCGCCACGGUGAGAGAUCAACAGCGACAAACUUCUUCCCAAAAGCACAACCAGAAGGAACAUGGCGGCUAUGCCACACCAAACCGCUGCUGCACGCCUUCCACGCCGCCACAUCCGACCUUCUAUCCAAAAACGGUGAUGCAGGUUUCGAAGGGAGGGAUGAAGACAAUCCGGGAACACCACUAUCCGAGUCACUUCCACCCCAGUUCAAAAACGUCGUCCUCGAACCGGCGCAUCACACCAUCGACCGUCUCUCCACCGCCAAAGCCCUCAAAACCCAGCUAACAGCCGACGGGACAUGUUUCACGGGCCAACUGACAGAUAAAGGUAAACAAACCAUGCAAACAAGCGGGGAAAAUCUUCGAAAACACUACAUCGAGCGUUUGGGAUUGUUCUCGGGCCGGCUGGACGGCGAUUACCACCGCGACGUAUACCUUCGCAGCACAGACUACCCCCGCACGAUCGAGUCGCUGCAGUACCUCCUCCACGGCCUGCAUCCGACUUCAUCACGCGUGGGCGAAAGCGCGGAGGAUCUCACCAUCCAUGUGCGCUCGGCGAAGGGGGAAACGCUCUACCCCUCGCACUCAUGCAGCGCCCUCAACCUGGCUUCCAAAGCCUUCCGAAAAACCCUAGGCGCCCAACUCUCCGCCCAAACCGCCCCCUUGAUCCAAAAACUUGGCUUCCUCGGCACCGACCCCGCCAAACCACACCUCUUCCAAAUCCACGCGCUGGAAGAUACAUUCACCUGCAUGCGCGCGCACGACAUUCCGCUACCUGCAGGCGUGACGGACGAGAUGAUGAGGGAGAUGCAUGAGAUGACGACCCGGCAGUGGAUUGGGAUUUAUGAGGAUGAGAAGCGUGCCGGGAUGGGGAUUGGGUGGUGUUUGGGGGAUUUGAGGGGGAAGAUCUUGGAGGCGGUUGAGGGAGGGGAGGGAGCGGUGAAGAUGGCGGUUUUUAGUGCGCAUGAUACCACCGUCGGUCCGAUCCUCACCGCCCUAAAAGCCUGGGACGGCAAAUACCCCACGUUCGGUGCCAUGAUAAAUAUAGAACUCUUCGAAGAACUCACCCCGCUCCCACAGCGCACAUCCCCGUUCCGAUCCGCCUGGAACUGGCUUAAAAACUCCUCCUCACCCGCCCCUUCCCCCUCUCCAUUCACAUCCCCCUCCACCAACCCGUCCACCCCACCCGCCCACUACAUCCGCCUCCUCUACAACGGCCUACCCUUAACACUCCCCGCCUGCGCCCCUGCAAAUGCUCACCGCGGCACAGAUACGACGAUGUGCACGCUUGACGCGUUUUUGAAGGAGGUGGACAGACUGGUGCCGAAGAAGGAGUGGGAGGAGGUUUGUAGGGUUGAGGGCGGGGAGAAGGUGGCGUUUGAUUGGAGGUAUUAAGGGCUGUUAGGGUCAUGGACUUUGUGGUCGAGUUGAGAGCGUGUUUUGGGGUGUGCCGGUGAGAGAGGACGGUGCCUCAGUCAUAGCCACCCUACUCGUGCCCAGGUAGCAUAUACUACGUACUGUAAUAUGCAACCUCUGGCUUGCGGGGCGCGAUCCUGAGGCACGUCUGAAGACUUGCCCAGGGAGCUAGCAACGCGCGACCAUGGGCACGAGUACCUGUCUAUCCUUUUUCUGUUACCUGUCGCGUUUCACAUCCCUUUGGCAAAGGGAUACCACACAGACUAGAAUAGCGGCGCUUCCAUCUUAUCCUCUUGCGCAUGUGUUUUU